AUGGACUACUCCAAAUCCCUCGAGGAUGGCUCCGAGCCCAAGCUGGCCAUGGCUUCGGUGGCAGAAGAGACGCCCGUCAAGCCGGUCGGGUUCUUUGCCCGCGUGCUCUACUAUGAGGAGUUGCUGGACCGCAAGAUGGGCAUCGAGGCGCACAGUCUCGAUCGCGUCCUGCCCGAGGAUCGCCAGCCCCCCAACACCCUGGCCAUGGCCUUCAUCUGGGCCUCCGCCACCAUGAACAUCAGCUGCUUCAGCACGGGCUUCAUGGGCAAGGAAUUCGGCCUCAACCUGGGCGAGACCAUCGCCAUCAUCAUCUGCGCGACCUUCCUCGGCGGUUGUAUCACGGGUUGGUGUGCUACGAUGGGACCUGGAACCGGUCUGCGUCAAGUCGCCAUCUCGCGCUACUCCUUUGGCUUCUAUCCAUCCUCCAUCAUCGCGGCGCUGAACGUCGUCGAACAGCUAGGAUGGGCAUCGGUCAGUUGCAUCACCGGCGGACAAGCUCUCCGGGCCGUGUCCGAUGAUCGCAUCUCCAUGGUAGUCGGCGUGGUGAUCGUCGCCUGCCUCAGUCUCGCCUUCAGCUUCUUCGGGUUGAAAGCCGUCAUGGGCAUCGAGCAGUACAUCUGGAUGGUGGCCUUCGUCGUCUUCCUGAUCAUCUUCGGGGAGUCCGGCCACCGCGCCAGCCUGUCGGACCCAGGCACCGUCUCCGGGUUGACCAAGUCCGGCAACGUGCUGAGUCUCAUCAGUGUGGUCUACGGCUCGAGUGCAUCGUGGAGUUCCAUCGUCUCCGACUUCUACGUGCACUACCCCGUCAACACCUCCCGCACCAAGGUCUUCAUCUACACGACCUUGGGUAUCUCGCUCCCGACCUGUGUGGGCAUGUUGCUGGGCGCCUGCAUCGCCUCGGCUCUCGACUCGACCCCGGAAUGGGCCACUGCCUACGACCAAGGAAUCGGUGAGGUGCUACAGACCAUCAUCCACCCGCGGCCAUUCGCCAAGUUCUGUCUCGUCCUCCUGAUGUUGUGCGGAGUCGGUCAAAACUGCAUCGCGAUCUACUCCGGCUCCCUAUCCGCGCAACUCUUCGCGAAGCCCUUCCAAAAAAUCCCCCGAGUGAUCUGGACACUCAUCGUAUUCGCGUGCAUCAUCGUCAUCGGCAUCGCCGGACGCGACCACCUGCUCACCGUGCUGGACAACUUCCUCUCGCUCCUGGGCUACUGGAACACCUCGUUCUUCGUCAUCCUCUUCACGGAGCAUUACUUCUUCCGAGGCGGCAACCUGGCCAACUAUGACCUGGACGCGUGGAACACGCCGUCGAAGAUGCCCAUCGGAUUUGGCGGGCUCAUGGCGUUCCUGUGCGGCGCGGCCGGUUGGAUCGUCGGCAUGGACGAGACGUACUAUAUCGGGGCUCUGGCGAAGAUGAUCGGUGCGGAUGGAGGUGAUAUCGCGAAUCAGUUGGCGCUGGUUUUCUCGAGUCUUUCGUAUAUUCCGUUUCGCAUGCUGGAGUUGAAGUUCAUUGGGCGGUAGAUGGUGAAGAUGGAGCGGGGGAGAGAAAGAAUGAUGAUAUGAUUGAUGUGCUUGACUGGGAAUACUGUGCACUGAAAUCCUUGGUGUAUAUGUAGCAUGUAGAGUAGACAUAACCCUGCCAUCUUACCCCAUUC